AUGGCGGCACUUGUCACUCCGGCUGCUUCAGUGGUGUCCGAGCUGGUGGUGCGGGGACGGGAGUCCGCCGCCGUCCUCGAGGCCUUGCUCCAGGGGAGCUCGCCGCAGGAGCACGGCGGGAUCCGGGAGCUCGCAGCGGAGAUUCUUCUCUGCUGCGACCGCGCACUCGCCGCGCUCCACGGCUGCCACGGCGUCGACGCGAUCGCGCACGCCGGCAGGAAGCGCAAGUCGGGGCCCGACGGCGCAGCCGCUCAGACCAGGCCGAAAAGAUGGAUGCGCGCGAGCAGCGGAUCGACGGCGACGAGAGUCGAGAAGCGGUCGACGGCGGAGGACGGCUUCAUAUGGAGGAAGUACGGGCAGAAGGAGAUCACGCACAGCAAGCACCCGAGGCUCUACUUCAGGUGCUCCUACAAGCACGACAUCGGCUGCCCGGCGACGAGGCAGGUCCAGCAGGCGGACGACGACCUCUCCCUCUACGUCAUCACCUACUUCGGCGACCACACCUGCUGCCAAGGCAACGGAGCCGUCGCCGCCGCAGAGGAAGAAGACGUCAAGAUGCAGCCGUUCGUCAUCAACUUCGGGUCGGCCACAGCGAGCAGCACCAGCGGUUCGCCUUGGCAAAACUCUCACGACGGUGAUGGCCGGAGCGAGAUUUCACGCUUGCCGCAGGCCUUAUGCUUGCCGGAGGGGGGAGAAGACGAACUAGGAUUGAAGGUGACCAAAGUUGAGACAACUUCGUUAGACUCGCAGCCAGCGGGCCCGGCGGCGGCAGAGCUGAGCUCGUCACCCGACGUUUCUUGUGCUUCCCCGGCAUGGGAUCCUUUAUCCAGCUGCUUGGAGUGGGAUCAAUUCACCGAGAGCUCAUUCGAUUUCGUUAGUGAAUUCAUCAAUUUUGAGGGCAUUGCUUUGUACCAAUAG